CGGGCAGCCAAUAGCAGUCCGCCGCCCUCCACCUUACCCGGCUUUGGAUUAAAGAUGGCGGACCAGAGUGAGACAGCAGCGGGCGAGCGGCUGGAGGAGGACGAGAACGGCCACGGGCACUGCAGCGACUGCGAGAAUGAGGAAAAACACAGCUACAACCGGGGUGUGGGGGAUGAGAGCGGUGUUAAGAAGAAAAAGAAACAGAAACGCAAGAAAGAAAAAGUAGUGGACAAGUUGGAGACUUCUGAGGCUCAGGUGAGCACACUGCCUGCUGAGAAAAUCCAGGAAAUUCAGAAGGCGAUUGAAUUGUUCUCUGUGGGCCAAGGGCCAGCUAAGACAAUGGAAGAGGCCAGCAAGAGAAGCUACCAGUUCUGGGACACUCAGCCUGUCCCCAAGUUAGGGGAGGUGGUGAGUUCACAUGGUCCCAUCGAGCCUGAUAAGGAUAAUAUUCGGCAGGAACCAUACACUCUGCCACCAGGCUUCACCUGGGAUGCCCUAGAUCUGGGCGACAGGGCAGUGCUGAAAGAGCUGUACACUUUGCUCAAUGAGAACUACGUCGAGGAUGACGAUAACAUGUUCCGUUUUGACUACUCUCCCGAGUUCCUGCUCUGGGCCCUAAGACCCCCUGGAUGGCUUCCCCAGUGGCAUUGUGGAGUGAGAGUUAUCACCAGCAAGAAACUAGUGGGGUUUAUUAGUGCCAUCCCAGCAACAAUGCAGAUCUAUGACUUAACAAAGAAAAUGGUUGAGAUAAACUUUCUUUGUGUCCACAAGAAGCUACGUGCCAAGAGAGUGGCUCCAGUCCUGAUCCGUGAAAUCACACGCCGUGUCCACAUGGAGGGAAUCUUUCAAGCAGUUUACACCGCUGGAGUCGUUUUGCCGAAACCUGUGGGCACGUGCAGGUACUGGCACAGAUCAUUAAACCCCCGCAAACUGAUAGAAGUCAAGUUCUCCCAUUUGAGCCGCAACAUGACCAUGCAGAGGACCAUGAAGCUUUACCGGCUGCCAGAGGCACCAAAAACACCCGGUUUGCGGCCAAUGGAACUCCGCCAUAUCCCCGCCGUGCACAAGCUUCUGGGUCAGUACCUCUCCCAGUUUCACUUGGCUCCUGUCAUGAACGAGGAAGAAGUGCAGCACUGGUUGUUUCCACGAGAAAACAUCAUAGACACCUUUGUUGUGGAGACCCCGGACGGUGAGGUGACGGAUUUCCUGAGCUUCUACACAUUGCCGUCCACCAUUAUGAACCAUCCUAUGCACAGGAGUCUGAAGGCUGCAUACUCCUUCUACAAUGUCCACUCCAAGACUCCGCUGGUGGAACUCAUGAAUGAUGCUCUCAUACUGGCCAGAUCUAAAGGUUUUGAUGUAUUUAAUGCUCUGGACUUAAUGGAGAAUAAAACUUUCCUGGAUAAAUUGAAAUUUGGCAUAGGCGAUGGAAAUCUGCAGUAUUACCUGUAUAAUUGGAAAUGUCCCAGCAUGGGACCAGAGAAGGUGGGUCUGGUUCUACAAUAAACCUUCCCCCCCCCCCCAUGCCUGAAGGGGUCAGGGAGUGAAAUGGUCCAUCGUCUGCUCCCCAUGCCAGAGAUUGGACAUUGGAGAAAGCAGCCCCAAGGAGCAGAGAACGGUUUCAUAGGCUUAGCCAAGGAAUACACUGUACUGAUGUAUGCAGACUUAUGGAAGCGCAAAGCAGGGUUUUCUGCUAGCCUGGCUUGAAUUAAGGAUUUUUUUAGGGAGUGUUCGCUCCCUUCUUUACCCCCUGCUGUGAAUAUAACAUUGCGCCCACUCUUCCUUUCCUGCUGCCAUCUGAAUUGAAAAAGAGUUGUGGCUAAAUAUUAAAGUAUAUAUAUUAUAUAUAU